AUGACCCGCUUCUCCGAGAUCACAUACGAUGAGGAGAUCGAGACCGCGGUCGUCGGUGCCGGCCUAUUAUGGAACGAGGUUUACGCACCUCUGGACCCGCUCGGUGGCGGUGUCGUGGGAGGACGCGCGCCCGGCAUUUGGCGUUGCUGGGUUCAUACUGGGUGGAGGGUACUCGUGGACACCAAUGAACGUGGACUAGCUUUGGACAACGUCGUUGGCUUCGAACUCGUGAAGCCCGAUGGAGGGGUCGCACUAGUUUCGGACAAGUCAGAUCCGAAUCUGUUCUUCGUGCUGAAGCUUCUCCGAAAGCGAUACCGAUUCGAAGGCAUCUUUUAUUGCACCACACCUGGGAUUCAAUAUUCCCCUGCGCUUACUGCACUUUUAUCGAGGGAAUAUUCUGAAUCAGCUUUCGAUAAAGACCGCGGGUCGAUUGAAAGGGCAUAUCGAGGCCCAGCCAAUCGGAGGCCGUACCGAUUAAUAUGCCACCCUAUGCGCCAGGGAAUAUUGAGACCCAGGGGUGGUGUUGGCUCCUACUUAAGUAUCAAUAGCGAGCUGUAUCCGACAUUGUUCGUGGCUUACAACGGUCCUACGCCGCCGGAUGCGAUCUUCGACAACUUCCUGGCUAUGCCCAUGCUCGAGUCAAACAUUUCGACGAGGGAUGGCGUGCUGCCCCUCAUCAAGUCAGCGGCCAAUAACGCUUCGGACUGCACCGGCAUUGACCAUUCGUCCUGACGCGUGCUCAGAGCGUUGUAUAGCACGGCCCCGAAGAGAUAUACGCUCCAGGCCUAAUCGCGUUUGCUGCUGAACAGAUCCAGAGCCUCUCUGCUGCUCUCUCGUCGGACGACUAUCCAAUGUUCGCCUAUUACCUCGAGCCCUUUGUCCCGGAUUACCUCUCGCACGCGCACAAAACUCCUCCGCCUUCCCGCCCUCUCGCAAGAAGCUCAUCCUCCGACCCGCUAUCGG